GAGAGGAGAAGCUUACAGCAUAGAGCAACACUGGAGCACAUAGGUCACAAGAUCUUCAUAGUUGGACACUUCUGUUAACAACUAUAAUAUCCCAACGCUGCAUUUCCCCUUAUACACUGGAUUCAUUUGAUACUAUUUUGGGGGAAAAAAAAACUUAUUUUUGUGUGUGUUUUGGAACAUCUUAAAGAACUGCAUUCGUCUUUUCUAUUAGGAUUAUAUCUCUGGACUUCCAUGGAUUUUUUUCUGGUUGAUUUUUUUCUUUCAUGAUUCAAUUCCUAUGGAUUUUAGAUAAAAAAAAAAAAAUACAAACGGAUUGAAAGAACAUAUAAGUUUAUGAUUAGAAUUGUAAUCUUUACCUAGAAAAAAAAAAAAGUCUCCACCUUUUUUUUGUCAUUCACUCAAUGAAAGGGCGUAUCUAAAGAAAGAGGAAAAGAAAAGGAAAGCAAGGCGUUUGACUGUAGCAGUCUAGCUGGGACAAGCCACUUGCACCCAGGCUGCUUGUCACUUACUGUCCUAACCCACAGUGUAAGGAAAGUCACCAACAUGGCAAGUCAGUCCAUGCUGACUCUUGCCGUCCUCGCAACACUAUUAUGCCAGAUUUCCUGCUCUGGGCUUUUUGAGUUGAAACUGCAGGAGUUUCUGAAUAAAAAAGGUCUGGUGGGAAAUUCUAACUGUUGCCGGGGUGGGAUGCCCAGAGCCGCCAGCUUCCAACAGUGCGAGUGCAAGACCUUCUUCAGGAUCUGCCUCAAGCACUACCAGAUCAGUGUGUCCCCGGAGCCUCCUUGUACUUAUGGCAGUGCUACAACCCCGGUGCUGGGCUCCAACUCCUUUAGUAUCCCGGAGAGCAGCAGCUCGGAUCCAGCUUUCAGCAACCCCAUCCGCUUCCCAUUUGGAUUCACCUGGCCUGGUACCUUUUCCCUCAUAGUUGAAGCAGUAGCAACAGAUUCCAUGGAAGACUUGAGCACAGAGAACUCUGAUCGCCUUAUCAGUCGCCUUUCCACCCAACGGCACCUAGCAGUAGGUGAAGACUGGUCUCAGGAUGUGCACAGCAGCAGUCAAACUGAGCUCAAGUACUCAUACCGUUUUGUGUGCGAUGAACAUUACUAUGGGGAAGGCUGCUCGGACUAUUGCCGCCCCAGAGAUGAUGCUUUCGGACACUUCUCUUGUGGCGAAAGGGGAGAGAAAGUCUGCAAUACUGGCUGGAAGGGGCAAUACUGUACUGAACCAAUCUGUUUACCUGGAUGUGAUGAACAGCACGGAUUUUGUGACAAACCCGGGGAAUGCAAGUGCAGAGUAGGUUGGCAAGGCCGUUAUUGUGAUGAGUGUAUCCGCUACCCUGGAUGUCUGCAUGGAACAUGCCAACAACCAUGGCAAUGCAACUGCCAGGAAGGCUGGGGAGGUCUUUUCUGCAACCAAGAUCUUAACUACUGCACUCACCAUAAACCAUGCAAAAAUGGUGCUACUUGUACCAACACCGGCCAGGGAAGCUACACCUGCUCCUGCAGGCCUGGUUACACUGGAUCUGACUGUGAAAUAGAGAUCAACGAAUGUGACACAAAUCCUUGCAAGAAUGGAGGAAGCUGUACCGAUCUUGAGAACAGUUAUACAUGCUCCUGCCCACCAGGUUUCUAUGGUAAAAACUGUGAGCUCAGUGCCAUGACCUGUGCGGAUGGACCUUGCUUCAAUGGAGGAAGGUGCACUGAUAACCCAGAUGGUGGAUACAGCUGCCUUUGUCCAGUGGCUUACUCAGGCUUUAAUUGUGAAAAGAAAAUUGACUACUGCAGCUCUAAUCCAUGUGCCAACGGUGCUCGCUGUGAAGAUCUGGGGAAUUCUUAUAUUUGCCAGUGCCAAGAAGGUUUCUCUGGAAGGCACUGUGAUGACAACCUGGAUGACUGUGCAUCCUUUCCCUGCCAGAAUGGUGCUACUUGCCAGGAUGGAAUUAAUGACUAUUCCUGCAACUGUCCUCCUGGGUACACAGGGAAGAACUGUAGCAUGCCCGUGAGCAGGUGUGAACACAAUCCUUGUCACAAUGGGGCAACAUGCCAUGAGAGAAAUAACCGUUAUGUCUGUGAAUGUGCCAAGGGCUACGGUGGCCUUAAUUGCCAGUUCCUUCUUCCUGUAGAGAAGCCUGUUGAACAAAGAAUCACAGAAGAGCAAAAUGGACAGUUUCCAUGGAUCGCAGUGUGCGCCGGAGUUAUUCUUGUGCUGAUGUUGCUACUAGGAGUUGCUGCUGUAGUUGUCUGUGUGCGUUUAAGAGUGCAGAAGAGGCGCCAACGACCUGAGGCUUGUCGUGAAAACAAGACCAUGAACAACCUUGCUAACUGUCAAAGAGAGAAGGACAUUUCUGUAAGCAUCAUUGGGGCCACACAGAUCAAAAACACAAACAAGAAAGUGGACUUUCUUAGUGAAAGCAAUACAGAUAAAAAUGGCUACAACAAGGCCAGGUACCCAUCUGUGGAUUAUAAUUUGGUGCAUGAGUUGAAGAAUGAAGACUCAGCAAAAGAAGACAGGAGCAAGUGUGAAGCCAAGUGUAGCUCAAUUGACUCCGACACAGAAGAAAAACACUCAGUACAUUUAAAAAGUGAGUCCUCAGAAAGGAGACGAAAAGACUACUCAUCAAAAGACACAAAAUAUCAGUCGGUAUAUGUCAUAUCAGAUGAGAAAGAUGAAUGCAUCAUAGCAACUGAGGUGUAAUAUGGACACUGUACAACACAAAUUCUUCUCAAUUAUUCAGAGGUUACACGCCCACGUGAAUGCUGCUGAUGAAAACAGGAGAGGGACAUUCCUUUGUUGACUGCUGCUGAGAUUUUGAAAUUCAGUCUGAGCUGGUUCUCUACUGAAGUUAGCAAAUUGACUGCAAAACAAAAUGGACACUCUAAGCUAGCCUCCGUGUCCAGACACAAACUGUUGCACUGCCGUUUCUGAACUUCUCCAUUGCACUAUGAACAGUUGCUUUUUUUUUUUUUUUUAAUUAUUAUUAUAAAUAAAUAAAGAUAUAUAUUUAAUAAAAAAGACUUCUACAUACUACAGAAGAAGAGUGCACUGCCUGAUGUGUAUAUUUUGGAUUCGUAUGAGCCACUCCGUUUCUGAACUCCCAGACAGACACUGCCUUCUUUUGACUUCUUUUUGAUACUAAAAGGUGUUUCUACUAGGUCAAAAAAUGUUAUUUUUUGAACUUGUAAAACUAUUUUUACGAUAUUUGUAAAGCCUGAGUAUUUGUGAUGUUCAUUUUUAUAAUUUAAAAGUUUGGUAAAUAUGUACAAAGGCACUUCGGGUCUAUGUGACUAUAUUUUUUGUAUAUAUAUGUAUUUAUAAAAUAUUGUGCAAAUGGUAUUUGAUUUUUUUCUACUGUUUUUGUUAAUGAAGGAAUUCAUUUUAAACUAUUUUUCCAAAAUAAAUGAUAUGAAUGAUAAA